AUGCCAGACACGCUCACGCCACUGAUAGCGCACAUCACCGCUGCAUGCCCCCUCCAAGCGGGACCGCUGCGCACCACGCUGUCCGACCUCGGGCUCGCCGUCGAAUGGCGCGAGCUGAGGCCGCUCCAGCUGCCGGGGACGCAGUGGGCCGUCGUCGUUGGCCACAAGCGCGCCGAGGACCCGCUGCGUGCGGUGCUUCCACUGCCGCUGCAUACCACGGCCCUCACGCCCCAGGAGCUCAAGGCCGUCUUUGGCGCGCUCGCCACGCUCGACGUUGCGACGCUUCCGGACCCCUUGCCGCCCCUCGCGCCGCCGAUCGCCGAGCUCCAGGCCAAGCUGGGCAAGAACGACGACGAGCUGCCCCAGGUUGCUGAGGAGGAGACCGAGGCCCCAAGCACACCCACGUUCGACCCCGAUACCCUCUACAUGGCCAUCGUGGCCACAGACUCGACAGUCGUCUACUACAAGCUCUCGCGCGGUAUCAAGAAGCCUCACGACAUCCCCGACGAGUAG